GGAGACUUUACAGACCGCGGCUUCUGCUCUGUCGAUGUCCCUGAGGCGUGUGGAGUUUGUGAUUGAACUACUCGGACUUGUAGUGUCAGCAAAGAGAAUCGUGCUAAAGUUUGGGUAUACGCAGCUACCCACAGCUUGAUGUGCCUGAGAGUUCUCUACCACGCGCUUUUCGCGGAGACUUGGUGCUUCGUGCUAAGAGACCCACACAUCAGCAGACGUAAACAAAGGCAGGCAGGCGCGCUCCGCAAUACAAGCAAUCGGGCACUCACAAGACGUGAGGGCUUCAUGAUAUGAGAUGCCAAAGAGCGCGACGGCGAUCAGGAAAAUG